CCCUGCCCUGAUACCGCGACGGCAGACCCGGAUACAAUCACGGGAGUAAUCACGAGCUGGUGGGGGUUCGUACUGGAAGAGCCGCCAGUAACACCUUGUUCAAGGAUCGGAUUCCCGGUUGGUUGCUGGCGUGCUCUCCAGUGGGCACGCUUGAAUACAUCCGAACUGGUCCUGCUGUCAUUCAGGCGGAAUAUUGACACAAGUCGUUGGACCCCAGCUCUCAUCGGCACGGUAAACUCGUCACCAUGGCCAAUCUUGGUUUCGCUCCAAGAAGGAGGCACGCUCUAACGGGUGCUCCAUCCAGCGGCCGCUGUCAACGGACUGCUCGGGGGUGGCAGACAACUUGGCGACUAGUUGUGCGGAAAUCUAUUGCUGCCAACCCAGCCAGAGCGCGCCUACCGUUCGCACUGUCUCAUCCCGACUCGGCCUCCGGCUUCAAAGAAAAAAAAUACAAGCCUCUUCAGCAGAUCAGCCGGCAUCCGGCAUCCGGCAGAUGGCCGUCGGCAAGCACUUUCCUGCGGGAGAGGGGUGGCGGAACCCGUCAGAAGACGACCAUCAUCAGGAGAGGGCGAAAGCUCGUCGGCAAGGACGACCGGCAUCGACUCCCGGUCUACAUGGUGGUCAGCACAGAGCGAGGUCUCGCUGUUGCCGGCUGUCAGAGCCCUGUACAUGGAGACGGGUAUAUUGGACCUACCAUUUGCACAGCUAACCCACCCGCAGGAUGCGCGCCGGCGCUCAUCGAAGCCAUGCCUGAAGCAGCAACACGGUCCGAGACCACCUGA